AUGUCCCAGGUGUGUCUCCCCUUGGCCUUGCUCAUGCUCUGCAGCUGCACUAAGGUUUCCUCUACUAACUCCUUGGAGCUUGUGAAAGAGAAGUGGAGCAGCUACAGGAACCAGUGCCUGGACUACCUCAACACCACGCCCCCCGCCACAGGGCUGGUGUGUAACAGGACAUUCGACCUGUACGCCUGCUGGCCUGAUGGACUCCCAGGAACCACUGUCAAUGUCUCCUGCCCAUGGUUCCUGCCAUGGCACCGUAAAGUUCAACAGGGUCUGGUGUACAGAGUCUGCAGAGAAGACGGUCAGUGGGCAAAGAAGAACACCAGCGAAUGUGAGGACGACCCCGGUGAGCAGCAGUAUGGACGCAUCCUCAGUCAGUUACGGAUCAUGUACACAGUGGGCUAUUCUCUCUCCCUGGGAGCUCUGCUACUGGCACUGGGAAUCCUCAUCACCUUCAGGAAGCUCCACUGUAUGAGGAACAACAUCCACAUGAACCUGUUUGCCUCCUUCAUCCUGAGAGCCAUGUCCAUCCUGGUGAAAGACGCCCUGCUCACCCUCACUCUGGACCCCAGGAGCAGCAGCGACACGCGGACACAUGCUUGGGCUGUGAUGUGGUGCCGUGGUGCCAUGGUGAUGAUGCAGUACAGCGUGAUGGCCAACAACUAUUGGCUGCUGGUGGAGGGCAUAUACCUGCACAGCCUGCUGGUCAUCACAGUGUUCAGCGAGAGGAAGUAUUUCUUCAUUUACCUGGCCAUCGGCUGGGGUGCACCACUCAUCUUCGUGUUGCCGUGGAUCACAGUGAAAUAUCUGUAUGAGAACGAGGAGUGCUGGGAGAGGAAUAUUAACAUGGGAUAUUGGUGGAUCAUCCGCUCUCCUAUUCUGUUUGCUUAUCUGAUCAACUUCUUUAUUUUUAUCAGCAUCAUAAAGAUCCUGAUGUCUAAACUCAGAGCUCAUCAGAUGAGAUACACUGACUACAAGUUCAGACUUGCAAAGUCCACUCUGACUCUCAUCCCCCUGCUUGGGAUUCACGCCAUCCUUUUCACCUUCGUCAUCGACGAGUCGGUUCCCAAAGGCUCCAUGCUGCGUCUCAUUCGUCUGUUCUGUGACCUCCUGUUCAACUCCUUCCAGGGCCUGCUGGUCGCCAUUCUCUACUGCUUCGUCAACAAGGAGGUGCAGUCUGAGAUGCUAAAAAAGUGGAAGAGGUGGAAGCUGGGUAAGGACAUUGAUGAGGAGUACCGCCACACCCACAGCCACACGCCCCACGCCAAGAGUGGCAGCAUCGCUGCUGGCAAUCUGCCUGAUGACCCCAGUGGCGACUCGCCACGCCUUAACAAUACCACCAGACGCCCAUCAUGCGCUAUCGCACAGGAGGAAAACCGCCGGCUGGUCGUCUCCUACAGUAACGGGACGGGGAAGGGCCGGUCCGCCAAGGGCAAACACUCCCUGCAGUUCUCUUUCCGGCCACGCCGCGGCCUCUGCAGCCAUGGUAGCACCACCACAGAGGACGUGUGCCUGGAAGAGAGGGCGCACUGCCACCUGUACUCUCUGAAAGGAGAGGAGACCAAUGUCUGA